UGGGGUCGGAACCCUCGGCGACCCGCAACCUCUUCCUCAAUUUGAGUUCCUCCAGCGCUUCGCAGGAUCAACCCCCCAUCGGAGCUAUCAGGCACAUGAGGUUAUUUCUCACGACAAGCCUCGGUCAAAUUGGUGCGAUCCUUCGGGCUGCUAGCAGCACGCACCUAAUCAAUAGUCGAUCCUCGGCCGCGAUGCCUCGUAGCUUCAACCAGGCAGCAUGCAACACAUGUCGCGUCCGCAAGGUCAAAUGCGACGAGGCGAUGCCCGUGUGUCAACGAUGCUCCAAAGCUCAGAGGUACUGCGAUCGGACGGCUCCGGUCCCGCAAUUCCACAACAACACGAGCCGAGAGGAUGCGGCAAAGCCGGAUAGCACAGCCGCGUCCUCGGCCCCUUUCCCGGCCCCGACGAACCCUCGCAGAGCGCUGCAGAACCCGUCGAUAGCGCGCUACUUCCACCACUACAUCGCGCACAUCGCGCCUUGGUACGACCUCAGCGACGCGUCCUCCACCUUUGCGACGAGGCUCCCGGAAGCCUCGCUGGAGCGGGCCCUGCCGCUGUCCGCCAUCCUCGCCCUGUCCGCCGUGCACAUGAGCCGGACGUCGGCGCCGUCGGCGAGGGCGGCCGCAGAGUUCUACCACGGGCACUGCGUCCGCCUCCUGAUCGAACUGACGGCGGGGGACUACGGCGACGAGGACGCCCAGGGGCUCGCGCUGGCGUCCGUCUGUCUCUUGCGGUCGUACGAGAUCCUCAGCGAGGAGGUUGAUCCGAACAGGCACCUCCAGGGCGCGUACUCCCUGGCAGCUCACCGAAAUCCUCUCAACGACUAUCCGGGGUCCGGCAUCAGGGCCGCAGGGUUCUGGAACUACCUCCGCGAGGACAUCACCUUCAGCUUGUUCCGGCAGUGCCCUCUCAAGAUCGACCUGGAACGGAUGCCUCUUCCGGUGCGGCACGACACGGACCAGGACCGCCUCAACACCGUGUCUCUCAUCCUCGGGCGCAUCAUCAACGCGUGCUUCUCGAGCACAGUCACCGAGGAGGCGUGGGCGUUUCUGUUCGGGAUGCUGGAGGACUGGCGGUCAGGCCUGCCGUCUCGCUUCGCCCCGUUCGCGAAAACAGACCGCGGCUUGGGCCUUGCUCUGCCGUCCAUAUGGAUGCUCAGAGAUUGCCACGCGGCGGCAUUGCACUACAGACUCGUUUCGACGACCCUCCUCUGCACUCACGCCACGCCGGAGCGGCUACCGGACCUGCGCGCCUUGCUCGACGACGACGACGACCGCGCCGGAGUCGGCAUCACGGCGCUCGACGUCGCGGAAAGCCUGGCCCUGGACGUCUGCGGCGUGGCAUUCACCACCGACGCCCCGGCCGUACAGGUCAACUCCUUUGGCCCGAUUGCCUUCUGUGCAAGGUUCCUCCGUGCAGAGCCCGCAAGACAGGAGCUCGUCCGCCGCCUCUUGGCGUGCAGGCGGUCCAUCGGAUGGCCGGUGCAGAGACUCGUCGCCGACCUAGAGGCGGAGUGGAGGGUGCCAACCGCGCGUGCCACUCGAGACGACGAGUGAGAUGAGCGGGGUUUCACGGAUGGAUCAAGGCCCAACACGCUUGUUCUAUUCCUGGAGAAGGUGGGAGGGAUGGCAGGCGGCCUGGGUGGGUAACAUACCCCGAGCUCGGGUUUGGGGAACCUGGGGUUUGUGGGGAGAGGGGAUAUGGGGCGGUUGUAAGUGGCUC